ACCAAAUAAUGGAUAGUGGGUUUCUCUAACUUCUUGGAAUCCCAUCAUCAUUUUUAGGCAAGUAAUAUCCCGGUUUCUUAAUGUCAACUCACUUUCCAACAAUUUUUAAGGUUAUAGGGUAGUGGAGGUGGUGUGAUAAUGAGUCGUUUAUCGUCGAUUUUCAGUGGAUUUUCGAGAUCGAUUUCAAAAAAUAAAACUAAUAGUUUGAAGGGCAGUUGUGAGAAUUGUGAUGGAAGAGAGGCUGUAAAAGAUAUGGCGAAGGAUUCGAAGAAGAAUGAGUUGAUGUUGACGACGUCAGGCACUGUUAAUGUCGAAGGAUCCCAUAAUUUUGCUUCUGUUUUCUCGAAAAGAGGGCAGAAAGGCGUGAAUCAAGAUCGCUGCAUUGUUUGGGAGGAAUUUGGAUGCCAAGAGGACAUGAUAUUCUGUGGGAUAUUUGAUGGACAUGGCCCUUGGGGACAUUUUGUGGCCAAGAGGGUUAGGGAGUCGAUGCCAUCGUCUCUUCUCUGUAACUGGCAGGAGACGCUUGUUGAAGCUUCACUUGAUCCCGAUUUUGAUUUGGAAUCUGAUAAAAAGCUUCAUAAAUUCAAUAUAUGGAAGCAUUCCUACUUGAAGACAUGUGCUUCUAUAGAUCAGGAGCUGGAACGGCACCGAAAAAUCGACUCAUUCUACAGUGGCACUACUGCUUUGACAAUUGUUAGGCAGGGCGAGUAUAUUUUUAUUGCAAAUGUUGGCGAUUCACGUGCUGUACUGGCCACCACGUCUGAAACUGGUAACUUGGUACCAGUACAGCUUACUAUUGACUUCAAGCCGAAUCUACCUCAGGAGGCUGAACGCAUAAUUCAAUGCAAAGGUCGAGUUUUCUGUUUGCAUGAUGAGCCAGGGGUUCACAGACUGUGGUUGCCGGAUGAGGAAUCACCUGGACUAGCAACGUCUAGAGCUUUUGGGGACUAUUGUGUUAAGGAUUAUGGUCUAGUUUCUGUCCCUGAAGUGACACAGAGACAUAUAACAAGUAAAGAUCAGUUUGUCGUGCUAGCAACAGACGGGGUAUGGGACGUUAUAUCCAAUGAAGAAGCCGUGCAAAUUGUGUCAUCAACUCCAGACAGGGUGAAAUCAGGUAGGCGUCUAGUAGACUGUGCCGUCCAUGCAUGGAAGAAGAAGAGAAAGGGAAUAGCAAUAGAUGAUAUAUCAGUAAUUGUACUCUACUUUCAUUCUUCUUCUUCUUCACGUGAUCAACUUCGUUUUGCAGUAUCUUCACCAAAGUAAUUCUAUCAAAGUGUAGUUAAAAAAUCACUCUUGCAGUUAGUCUUUUUCUCUUCA